CUCCUCUCGUCUCUCCUAUUUCCAGGGGUCAGCGCUCCCUCCCUUGUCACCUCUCUCAGAGCUGCCCCGGGGUCCGCGGGCGUUGCUGCAUACUUUAGUGGAAAGAGCGCUAGACCCCAGAAUAUGGAGAUCUGGAUUCUAGCUCUGGUGCACUAACUAGCCGUGUGACCUUGGACGAGUAACUUUGGACUCUUUGGAUCGCAGUUUGCCCAUCUGUAAAAUUAAGAAAUUAGUAAAAUGAAGAAAUUGAAUUGCACGAUCUCCCAAAGACGGUUCCAGAUCUAUUGUUUUGUGAAUAGAGCUGUGAAGAGUUCAGCCAAGCCGGAUCUCCUUCUCCUCCUUCCCUACACUCCUACAAAUACACAAUAAGACACUUUCAUUAUAGAAAGUGGCAAUUACAUGGACAGGGACCAAAGAAAGCAUUUAUUGAGCAGCCCUGUUCUGGGCAGAUAGAGCAGUGCAGGAAAAAACCCUACAAUAUCUCCAGGUAUCAGUCUACCUCACAGAUUCCAUCAGAGUGAGGAGGAACUCUGAACCUGAAUGAUGACUGCAGAAUCCAGGGACGCUGCAGUCAUGACUCCUCAGGCUAUACAGGAUAAAGAAGGACUUGUGAUAGUGAAAGUGGAAGAGGAAGAUGAAGAUGAGCACCUUUGGGGCCAGGAUACUAGCAUUCAAAGAAAUAAUAGCCCUUCUGAUCCUGAGAUUUUCCGCCAACGCUUCAGGCAGUUCUGCUACCAGGAUACUUCUGGGCCCCGAGAGGCGCUAGGUCGUCUCAGGGAACUUUGCCAUCAGUGGCUCAGGCCAGAGAUGAAUACAAAAGAACAGAUCCUAGAACUGCUGGUGCUGGAGCAAUUCUUGGCUGUCCUGCCCAGAGAGAUCCAGACCUGGUUGCAAGAGUACCGUCCUGAUUGUGGAGAAGAAGCAGUGACACUGUUGGAGGAUCUUGAACUUGAUUUAUCAGGACAGCAGGUGCCAGUCCGUGUACAUGGACAUGAAAUGCUGGCCCGGGAGAUGAUGCCACUGGGAGCAGUGCAUGAAUCCUCAAACUUUGAAUUCCAGCAUCGGACGCCCCAGAUCAAACAUGUGACAAGAAAGCCGAGUCUUUUACAACAGAGUGCUUACUCUGCUUCCCAUGAUCCUGUUUCCCAUGAGAGGAGCCCUAGAGACCAGGCAGUGGCCUCUGCACUAUUCACAGCAGAUUCCCAGGCACUGGUAAAAAUCGAGGAUAUGGCUGUGUCUCUCAUCCUGGAGGAAUGGGGAUGUCAGAACCUGGCCCGGAGGAACCUUUGUAGAGACAACAGACAGGAGAAUUAUGGGAAUAUGUUUUCCCAAGGUUGUGGAAGCAGGACAACCAAUGAGGAGUCAACGUCAAAGGAAGAUGUUGCAGAAGCAACAGGAUCUCAUGGGGAAAUAUCUGGAAGGUUCCAAAGGGAAUUUGGAGAAACAUGUGAACAAGAGAGCAGGUUAGAAAGACAACAGAGAAACUUAGAGGAGAAACUAAGACUAGAAAAGACAGAGUUUAGACAGGUGACAGUCAAGGACAAGAAAGCACCCACAACGGAGAGAGGCCCGCGAGAGAAAGGCAAAGGAUUAGGGAGAAGCUUCAGUUUGAGUUCAAACCUUGUUACACAGGAAGAAGUUCCUACAGGAGCAAAGUCCCAUAAAUGUGAUGAAUGUGGCAAAUGCUUCACAAGGAGUUCCAGUCUUAUUCGACACCGGAUAAUUCACACUGGAGAGAAGCCCUAUGAAUGUAAUGAGUGUGGGAAAGCCUUCAGUCUUAACUCAAACCUCAUUCUGCAUCAGAGAAUCCACACUGGAGAGAAACCCCAUGAAUGUAAUGAGUGUGGGAAAGCUUUUAGUCAUAGCUCAAAUCUUAUUCUACAUCAGAGAAUCCACUCUGGAGAAAAACCUUAUGAAUGUAAUGAGUGUGGCAAAGCCUUUAGUCAGAGCUCAGACCUCACCAAACAUCAGAGAAUCCACACUGGAGAGAAGCCCUAUGAAUGUAAUGAAUGUGGGAAAGCCUUCAACCGGAAUUCAUACCUUAUUCUUCAUCGGAGAAUUCAUACCAGAGAAAAACCAUAUAAGUGUAAUAAGUGUGGGAAAGCCUUUACCCGGAGCUCAACUCUGACCCUACAUCACAGAAUUCAUACAGAAGAGAAAUGCUAUCAAUGUAUUGUAUGUGGGAAAACCUGUAGUAACAGCUCAAACUUCAGGAAACAUCAGAGAACUCACACUGGGGAGACACCCUAUAAAUGUAAAGAAUGUGAAAAGACCUUCAGAAGCAAAGCGAGCCUCAUUCAGCAUCAAAGAAUCCACACUGGAGAGAAACCAUACCAGUGUAAUCAAUGUGGGAAAAGCUUUAGUCAGCAAGCAGGUCUUAUUUCACACCAGAGACUUCACACUGGAGAGAGACCAUAUAAAUGUAAUGAGUGUGGGAAAACCUUCAGUCAUAGUUCAAAUCUUAUUAAACAUCAGAGAAUCCACUCUAAAGAGAAACCUUAUCAUUGUAGUAAAUGUGAGAAAGCCUUCUGUACCAAGUCAAACCUUUCUCAGCACCAGAGAGUACACAUGCCAAAAGGAGAAAAACAUGGCAGAUGUGGGGAAAACUCAGAAUUUGCUUAUUCCUUAUUGAAUGUCAAAGAGGGGCCCCUGGGGAAAAAUUCUACAGUGUAAUACAUCUAAGAAAAAUUUAAAUAGCUUCAACUUCAGUCACAAUAAGUACUUACAUGAGAGCUAGCUAAAUGAAACAUUCCCAGCAGAGAAUACUUAUUUUUCUGGUUGAUGGCUCUGAGAAGGCCCACAGACCUGAUCCAUAGUGGACAGAAUCAGAGAGGUAUCAGACACCCCUCUAUCUCUAUUUCCCCUCCAACACAUAAACAUACCCCCCUUACUUUUAUAGUUUCUGUAGAGAUUAGGAUGGGGAAUCAAUAAAGAAUCAUUAAGAGCUUAAGGUAACCCCCAAACAGAAUGCUAUCUAGUAACUAACUGGUGACUUCUGGCUAUCACCCCAGGAAAUCAAGGCUUAUUUCUCUUUGGACCACACCUUUGAGGUCUUUGCCCUUCCCUUUUCACUUCUUUGAUACUUUAUCUUCCCUGAAUUUUAGUGUAGGGAUUGGUAACCCCAUUGCCUGGAAAUUACAAAAAGGCCUUAGCCAGCAGCUAAAAAUACUUGUUGAGAAGGAGUAAGGCUUAUCCUUCAAGAUUAAGAUGUAAAAUCUCUUUUGACCAAAAAGGAUUUGUUUCUUAAAUAUGUUUUGCAUACUUCAUCGUUAGAACCGAGGAAAAUAAACAGAUACAAACAUAAAGUGCAAUUUCUUCCCCAUUCCACCAAGAGCAAGAAACACUAGAAAAAUAUACAGCAAGAAAAUGGAGAAGCCAGUGGUUGAUUAAAAAUGCAGUCACAACUAAAUGACAUAGUCCUGUCUUAUGACCGUGGCAGCCAUAGGAUCCUUAAUGUCGUUAACAACUAAAAAAAACCUAUGGUGUUUUAGUGGCCUGAAACCUGGGAACCGUGUACUCAUUUCAGGAUAGCUCUGAUACUAAGAUUCAGGGUUGAGUUAGAAGGAAAUUAGAAACCUAAUUAGAAAUUAGGUCUGGGGGUAAAACCAGGGUUAGCUUAAAAGGUGAUUUGUAAUAGAUAAAGAUUAAUAAUAAUAAAAAAAUGAAUUGUA